UUGCAGAAAUGGGCCCAGAUUCCUCUGAGACCAAAAGGACUCCGUUGAAAACCAGAGAGAGGCUGCUGGGUGACCAGAUGAUGCCAGCAAGACCUCCUCUUCCAUCUAUUCCUGGUGUGGAGGGAGAAGCAACGGCUGUGGAAGCAGCUCAGGGUCCAGUGUGCUUUGAAGAUGUCGCUGUUCGUUUCACAGAUGAGGAAUGGGCGUUGCUGGAUCCUGACCAGAGAGCUCUGCAUAAGGAAGUCAUGGAGGAGAAUUGUGGGAUAGUGGCCUCUCUCAGUAAGGCUCCCUUGUGGAUCAUAAUUUCUCUUUGGAAAUUCCAUGCAUCUCUCUCUGUGAUAAGCCUCCCUGGUUUUGAGGGAGCUCUGCAGGGCCACUUGCAGCACCUGGGAUUCUAA